UCUUUCUCUCUCUACAAAUUUUUCCCACGUCGAAAUAAAAUCAACUGCUUCUUCAAAAAAUCCUCACAUCCCUGAACCUCCUUCAUCAUCUCUCUUCUCUGCUCUCCUACUCAUGAAUUUCUUCAACUUCAACUCCAACUUUCUUUACCGCUAACAAUUUUCAUCACUAUACUAAACCGAAUUCCCUGAAUCCACAUUACUUUUUUUUUUUUUUUUUUCUCUUCUUCUCCUUGAUUCUUUGAUUAGGUCCUGAACUCAACAACCAUUUCGAUCAUCUGUUUCUCGAAAAGAGGAAUUCGAGAUUUCUUGGGGUUAAGAAGAAUAGAUUCAUCCCACAAUGCCGCAGGAUCAAUUAAGCUUUAUGAAUUCCAAACUAAUAUCUCCCAACAAGAAUGUGAGAGGAUUGAAAGGCCUGUUUUCCAUUUGUAAUAAUGAUCAGCCUUCUUCUGAGGAAGUUAUUAAUGACCACGAAUUGGCUCAACGCAAAGCCGAAGAAGCUGCAUCAAGGAGAAAUCAAGCAGCAGAAUGGCUACGCCAAAUGGAUCAUGGAGCAUCAGGAGUACUAUCGAAGGAGUCCUCCGAAGAAGAAUUCUGUCUUGCACUUCGCAAUGGCCUUAUCCUCUGCAACGUGCUCAACAAAGUCAAUCCUGGUGCUGUUCUCAAAGUGGUGGAGAGUCCAGUUGUAACAGUUCAGUCAACAGAAGGAGCUGCACAAUCUGCAAUACAGUAUUUUGAGAACAUGAGGAACUUCUUGGAGGCAGUUAAAGACAUGAAGCUCUUGACAUUUGAAGCUUCUGACUUGGAAAAGGGAGGUACUUCAGGAAAAGUUGUAGAGUGUAUUCUCUGCUUGAAAGGAUAUUACGAGUGGAAGCAGGCUGGUGGGAUUGGGGUUUGGAGAUAUGGAGGAACUGUACGAAUCACAUCGCUCGCCAGAAGUUCACCAUGCAUAACUGAAAGUGAGAGUGCAGACGAAUCAGUAGACGAAUCAGUAGACGAAUCAGUAGACGAAUCGGAUUCAUCUCAGUUUGAGCAGCUACUAGACUUCCUCCAUCUUUCCAAUGAAGUUUCAGUUGAAGAAUUCAGAACUUGCAGUGCUCUUGCUUUUCUUUUUGAUCGUUUUGGACUUAAACUUCUACAAGCAUACCUCCGAAAGAGUGAUGGGAUUGAAGAUUUGCCUUUAAAUGCAAUGGUAAUUGAUACAUUACUUAACAAGAUUGUUAAGGAUUUCUCUGCACUGCUUGUGUCCCAAGGAACUCAGCUUGGACUAUCUCUGAAGAAAAUAUUGAAAAGUGAUUUGAGGUCACUGUCAAAGUCUGAAUUCAUUCAAGCAAUUUCCCGAUACAUCAACCAAAGAGCUAAUAUGGCAUCAAGCGACUUCUCCAAGUUCUGUGUUUGUGGAGGAAAAAGUGAGGUUAUUCAAAGGGUUCCUGCCGACCAUGAUGAUCAGAUUCAGGGGCUAAAGUCAGAAUUUGAAGAAACCAAACUUGAAGUUAAAAAUAUACAAUCUCAAUGGAAUGAAGAAGUCGAAAGGCUACAACAUCAUCUCAAAGGCCUUGAAAUGGCUUCCUCUUCUUACCACAAGGUAUUGGAAGAGAAUCGUAUACUUUACAAUCAAGUUCAAGACCUUAAAGGAACAAUAAGGGUGUACUGUAGAGUGAGGCCUUUCUUACCGGGACAAUCAAAUCAGCAUUCUACAGUGGACUAUAUUGGAGAAAAUGGGAACAUUAUGAUUGCAAAUCCUCUAAAGCAAGGAAAAGAAGCAAGAAGAGUAUUUUCCUUCAAUAAAGUUUAUGGAACUAAUGUCACGCAAGAAAAAAUAUAUAUAGACACCCAACCAUUGAUCAGAUCUGUUCUUGAUGGUUUUAAUGUUUGCAUCUUCGCAUAUGGACAAACUGGCUCGGGAAAGACGUAUACAAUGAGUGGCCCAGAUUUGAUGACUGAGGACACAUGGGGGGUUAAUUAUCGAGCUCUCAAUGACUUAUUCCAGAUAUCAAAUGCAAGGUUGGAUGUGAUGAAGUAUGAAGUUGGAGUUCAAAUGAUUGAAAUAUACAAUGAACAAGUGAGAGAUUUGUUGGUCAGUGAUGGCUCAAACAGAAGGUUAGAUAUUAGAAAUAACUCCCAACUUAGUGGCCUCAAUGUGCCUGAUGCAAGUUGGGUUCCUGUGACAUGUACUCAAGAUGUUCUUAGUUUGAUGAGAAUUGGUCAGAAGAAUCGAGCUAUUGGUGCUACAGCUUUAAAUGAAAGAAGUAGUCGCUCACACAGUGUUUUAACAAUCCAUGUCCUUGGAAGAGAUUUGGUCUCCGGAUCCAUCCUUAGGGGAUGUCUUCAUCUAGUAGAUCUGGCUGGGAGUGAAAGAGUGGACAAAUCUGAAGCUGUUGGCGACAGACUGAAGGAAGCACAGCAUAUAAACAAAUCCCUUUCUGCACUUGGAGAUGUGAUUUCUGCCCUUGCACAAAAGAGUGCACAUAUCCCUUACAGGAAUAGCAAACUCACUCAACUCCUACAAGAUUCUUUAGGUGGACAAGCUAAGACAUUGAUGUUUGUACAUAUAAACCCCGAAGUUGACGCACUUGGAGAGACAAUUAGCACGCUUAAGUUUGCAGAGAGAGUUGCCUCUAUAGAAUUAGGUGCAGCCCGCUGUAAUAAAGAAAAUGGUCAAAUUCGAGAACUUAAAGAUGAGAUAUCAAAUCUUAAAUCGACAUUGGAGAGGAAGGAUGCAGAGCUUGAACAACUAAAAAGUGGCAGUGCUCGUGCCUUCGUAGAAAUUCAAAAGCCAAGAGCUGCAUCUCCCUUACGUGUUUUAAGACAUGGUACCAGUGGAGGUGCUAAGCCUGAAAAUUGUCAACCGCCUUUGAAUGAUGCUAAAACUUUUGAGGCUAGAAGCUACUCUUCAGGAAAGCAAAGAAGGCCAAGGUUUCCCUCAACAUUCACGGAGAAGGAUGCAAUAAAAAUGCCCCUAUUAGCUGAAGAGAGAUCAACAACGAGUUCAAGCUCUGGAAACCCAAGGUCACCAUCUCCACCAAUCAGGAGAUCAAUAUCAACAGAUAGGGGUGCCUUUAUAAGAAGCAAGGUCAAAACAGAGACGAACGAGAACCAACCAAUUGCAAAGCCUUCAUUCCCGACAAGAGUGCACGUUAAUAAGUCAAUGGCCUCAGUCCCAGCAAUCGAUAAUCGAGGAAGAGUAAACAUCAGUUGUCAAGAGCAUGAAAACUUGUCUGAUGCAUUGGUUGGUAUCCAAAAAGUAAUGGCUUCAACAAAGAAGAAACAACUGGUUUGCCAAGAAAAUAAUGAAGAUGAACAACAGGUGAAGCAGUCUUUAAAUACAAUGCAUGGUGGUGCAAGGAGAAGCAGAAAUGAAGGCAAAAGCAAAGCAAAGCAACAACAGUUACCUGGUGCAGCAGCUAAGAUUAAUAACCAGAAGCAUCCUGAGAAUGUGGUAACAACAUUUCUUACUGACAUUAAUGCGGCUGGAAAAAUGGAGGAUGCAAGAAAGAGUGACUUCUCCGAAAUGGAGAACGAGCAUUUUCUUGCGGGAUUGCCUCAUGAUGGUGCUUUAAAGGUUAAAAAAACUCGUCAGAACUUCCCAAGAAACUCUCAGAAUCUGGAACCACCACCAAGAAUGACAGUUUCGGGCGUUGAAAGCUUGCUCACUACCAGUAAAGUUGAGAAUGGGAAUCGCAAUCAAACUGAAGUUAGCGAGAAAUCAAUGUCUGAAUUUAGAAGAAGUAGAUCUACACCUCGCGGGAAAUUUUUGGUAAUACCAUGAGAUAGGAAUAUUAACACCGUAAAUGAGCAAUGAAAAUAUAUUUGUUUGUAGCUAUUUUUUCUUUCACUUUGUUAUUCUUUGUAUAUUUAUUGUAGUGUUCCAAAAUUCUGAUUGAUAUGGGUUGGAGUUCCCUUUUGGAUGCUGAUGGUUUGUUGGGAAUUUGAUGGCUUUGAAUAUUUCCUUUCUUAUAUUACCACAACAAGAGUGACAAACUCCUUGAGACGGGAAAAGGAAAAAUUGAGUGUUUUUUGACUCUCA